AAUAAUGAAAACUUCAAUGUGUGUGUUUUCCAAGAUACCCCCUACACAUACACAUGCUAAUCUCUCCGUCUUAUUAUUGCAAACAAAAUCUCUCAUGUAUCAAAUAUCUAGCUUUAUUUCCACCUUGGUUUCUUCUCUCUAUAUAUAAAUACAGCAUGUGAUGAAACAUGAAAAGAAUUUUUGUGAGUAGUGAGUAGUGAGUAGUAUUCUUUCUCCUCCCCAAGCCCCACACUUAAAUUAUGGAAGACUACUCAGAGGAAGAUUAUGAGUUCCUGAACCUUAGCCUUUCAGUUACUACUCCUUCUUCUAGGGAAACCAACAUGAUCAUGAAGAAAAAGAAGAAGAACUAUGAAGCCAAGAUCUUGAGGCUCCUCCAAGUCAGGGAAAACAUGCUAAGACAAGAUCACCAUAACCACCAUCACCACCUCCAAAGAAGAAAACCAGGCACCAACAACAACAACAAUCUCAUCCACUUGCUCCUCACAACGGCCACCGCCAUUGACGAAGACAGCAACAACAUUGCUGCAUCUCUUGACAAUCUCACAGAUCUGUACCAAACAGUUUCCCUAACAGGUGAUUCAGUUGAGCGUGUCGUGGCGUAUUUCGCCGAUGGCCUCGCCGCCAGGCUCCUCACAAAGAAAUCUCCAUUCUAUGACAUGCUCAUGGAGGAGCCAACAUGUGAAGAAGAGUUUCUUGCAUUCACAGAUCUCUAUAGAGUCUCACCUUACUACCAAUUCGCUCAUUUCACUGCAAACCAAGCAAUCUUAGAAGCCUUUGAAGAAGAAGAAGACAGGAACAACCGUUCAAUCCAUGUCAUUGACUUUGACGUCUCCUACGGAUUCCAAUGGCCUUCUCUAAUCCAAUCACUCUCAGAGAAAGCUUCAAGCGGAAACCGCAUAUCUCUAAGGAUCACCGGAUUCGGCACCACUCUGAAGGAGCUUCAAGAAACGGAGUCCAGAUUGGUGAGCUUCUCCAAAGGCUUCGGUAACCUUGUGUUCGAGUUUCAAGGGUUGUUGAGAGGGUCCAGGAUCACGAAUCUGAGGAAGAAGAAGAACGAGAGUGUUGCAGUGAACCUUGUUUCAUACCUCAACAGUGCGAGUAACAGCAGUUUGUUGAUGAAUUUCUCUGACACAUUGGGAUUCGUACGGUCUCUCAGGCCUUCGGUUGUGGUGCUGGUGAAGCAAGAAGGUAGCAGGAGCAUUAGAACGUUCUUGUCUCGGUUCACAGAGUCAUUGCAUUACUUUGCCGCCAUGUUUGAUUCCCUUGAUGAUUGUCUUCCGCUCGAGAGCGCAGAGAGGUUGAGGAUUGAGAAGAAGCUUCUCGGGAAAGAGAUCAAGAGCAUGCUCAACUGUGACAUGGACAUGGACGGCGUGGAUUGUCCCAAGUAUGAGAGGAUGGAAGCGUGGAAAGCCAGAAUGGAGAAUCAUGGUUUUGUUGCCAUGAAGAUGAGCUCCAAAUCUCUCAUGCAAGCUAAGCUUCUUCUCAAGAUGAGGACUCAUUAUUACUAUUCUCCACCACUUCAAUUUGAUGAUGAUGCCGCCGCCGCCGCCGGCGGUGGUUUCAGGAUUUCUGAAAGGGACCAGGGUAGAGCCAUUUCUUUGGGGUGGCAGAAUAGGUUUCUUCUCACUGUGUCCGCAUGGCAAUUACCACUUUCAUCAUCAUAAUAUUCUAUUCUAUAUAUCUUCUUAUGUCCUAAUUAACUUCCUUAAUCCUAACCUCUAUAUAUAUAUAUAUAUAGUUCAUCAUUUUCGUAAAUGACUUUAAGUAAAAACUCAGGUGCAGUCGAUUUCACGUGAAGUUGAUAGCCGAGAGUUGUUAGAUGAAAAUUUAAUCAAAUCAAUCAAAUCAUCUAACGAUUCUCAGUUACCAACUUCAUAUGUAGUCGACUGCAUCUGAGUUUUCACCCUGACUUUAACUUUAUCUACAUUUCUGAAUAAUUAUCAAGGGCAUAUAAUAUAAAUAAAUAAUUGUUGUGUAUUUCAGUAUGAACUAUGAAGAACCCUAGCUAAUUAUAAUUCUCUCUUUGUUUUUCAUAUAUUUAGCUGAAAAAGGAAUUAAGAUCCCUAGCUAGCUACUUGGGUGUCGUUUUACUAAGUGAUAACUGAUAAGAUACUAAUGAAAAGACAUCGCAAGUGGUGAUGUGUAUGAUCAUCACAUGAAAAUUUUGUUGAUUCAAAUUUUAAAUUGUGGGGAAAAUGGAAGGUAUGUGAGGAUGAGGACAAAAGAAAUGAAAUGCUGAGACAAGAAAAGAUAUGGAACCAAAUAGUGGGCAGCUAUGAUGUGAUGUUAUAAGAGAGAAAAUGGAUCAAAAUUCU